UAGGUUGUAGGCUACCCUAAAUGUAUCCAAGUUAAUGAUAAUGAAAAGACUUCAACUCAAUUAGUUAUGGGCUGGACGUUGGCUCUCUGUAUGGUGCUUAUCACACCACUGUAUAACACCCAGCAGAUGGUGCUAAAUCCUUAUUCUUGUGGUUCUCAGUUCUGUGUUUUUGCCAGAAAAUGCGGAAGUGAAAUAAUGGAAUUUGAUGCCAUUCCGGAGGACAGGAAUAGGCAACAUUAAUUUAUAUAUUACAAUACAAUAAAUAGGAAAUUAAAUAGACAAGCGGAAUAUAUCGCUCAAUCAAAUCAUCACGACAGCCGUGUUGAGAUGGAGAGCCGUCGCACAGUAACACGAAGGUCGAGAAAUCAACACACCAGAUUGAUCAAAUUAUAUCUAUUUCGGAAAGCGCCACACGCCUGUAGCCUUGAUGUGGUGCGUCUGAUGGUGGGCUCGAGGGCGUUUUGUGUCAACAAACGAAAAGUUCCACAUCAUCGCGCUCGGAUUCUUUCACGGAGGCAGAGGGACUGAAGGUGGGACGCCCCCAUGGCCCACGCCCGCUUCCCGGGAAGGACUGCAAACGUGGCUGCUAACCUGACUUCCCCGGUGCUGGGUCGACCACUGUGCUCUAAUGGGACGCCCUGGAUCCUCUAUCUGUUCGAGCAAUGCGUGGAUAAUGUGUGGGAAUACUGGAGCGUAGUCAUCGGGCUGAUCUCAAUGUUCUGUUUCUUGCUGUCUACUCUACCACAAAUCUAUGAGGCUUUUCGCAAUGGUAAAGUGGAGGAGGCCAUGUCGUUUGGCUUUCUGCUCUUCCUCUUCAGUGGGGACCUCAGCAGUCUAAUAGGCUGCGUCCUGACCAGCCAGCUGCCCAUCCAGAUUGUGACAGUAGUGUUCUACAUCUUCACCGAUCUCCUGCUCAUCUCCCAGUUCCUCUACUAUAAGAUAAAGAACAACUCAUCUAAAAAGCGCCCCAUGUUGAAGUGGUUGUGUUUCCUUUGGUGUGGGGCUUCCACUGUGGCCCUCCUGAUUCUCCCCAAGUUCAUCACUGACAACAACACCUCUGCCAACACUGAGAGUGCCUCUAACAGUGUGGAGAUUUCUGGUUAUGCCUGUGGAUACGUGGCCUCCAUAAUCUACCUCUCCUCUCGUUUUCCACAGCUCUACAAAAAUGUGACAGUCUAUGGGUGUGAUUAUGGAGUUUAAGCGACAGUCUACAGAGGGCACGUCGUACAUGCUGUUUGCCCUGGCCAUGAUGGGCAACGGGACCUACGGGCUCAGUGUCAUUGUGGUUCUACCAGCUCUGGCCGGCUCAUCGGCAGCCUGGGAGUCCUCCUCCUAGACUUCUUUGUCACUGCCCAGUUCAUCAUCUAUAGGAAGAACCACUCCGCUAAAACCAGCAAGAAGAUGAACGUUCCUGAAGUAGAACCUCUGCUCUGUGAAGAGGAGGAACUGUCCACAUUCUAGAAAACACAUGAAUGAAGGUGUAUCGUUAGAAUACAUGAUUAAAGUUCUAGAGUGAGAACACAUGAUUAAAGUUCUAGAGUGAGAACACAUGAUUAAAGUUCUAGAGUGAGAACACAUGAUUAAAGUUCUAGAGUGAGAACACAUGAUUGAAGUUCUAGAGUGAGAACACAUGAUUAAAGUUCUAGAGUGAGAACACAUGAUUAAAGUUCUAGAGUGAGAACACAUGAUUGAAGUUCUAGAGUGAGAACACAUGAUUAAAGUUCUAGAGUGAGAACACAUGAUUAAAGUUCUAGAGUGAGAACACAUGAUUAAAGUUCUAAAGUGAGAACACAUGAUUAAAGUUCUAGAGUGAGAACACUUGAUUGAAGUUCUAGAGUGAGAACACUUGAUUGAAGUUCUAGAGUGAGAACACUUGAUUGAAGUUCUAGAGUGAGAAUACAUGAUUGAAGUUCUAGAGUGAGAAUACAUGAUUGAAGUUCUAGAGUGAGAAUACAUGAUUGAAGUUCUAGAGUGAGAAUAUAUGAUUGAAAUUCUAGAGUGAGAACAGUAAGAGAUUUCCAGAAAUCGUCUCCAUAAUGCUGAGUGGAGACCUGGAAUAAUCCAACAAAUGUGAUAGUACACCAAUGUUCCCUCCAUUUAAAUCCAGCUGAAUUAAAGGGGGUGUCUUAUGUUUGAGAAAUGUAAUCUCAGUAGAACCAUUCUCUAUUUCUUUGUAAGGGGGCUCAAAUGAUCUAUUCCCUGUGUUUUUUUAUUACACUAAAGGCCUAUAGGGUGUGUCUCAGUGUCACAUGCCUCUAGUCUAUGUUUGUCAAUGGUUAGAGGUCCUGUGUUUUCCAGGAUAAGAUCGGCAAUACACUCUGAACUGUUCACACAGCAUUGUCGUCUAGGUAAACAGUACAAGAAGGAAUCAUAACAGGGAUUGUUCCUGUAUGUAGGUUUAAAAGAUCAUACAUUGCACCAAUGGUAGUGGAUCACAUUGACUAUUGACGUGCCACAAAGUAGUGGGCUGCACCAACAGUAAUCUAUUUUUCACUGGUGGUGAAUUUGUUAUAGUUUACCUUGGUUUGUUGUAGGAGCAGAUUCCGUUGUAAUUGAAUCCCUAUAUAAGUUGUAGUUGGUAAAUUGCUUGGAGUGUUACACAGUGUUUAGAUUGUGAAUAUGCAGUGGGUUAAGCCUGAUAUCCUGUGCCUUGCAUCUACAUAACACUGUUGAACUGAUGAUGUGUGUAGUGUAUUUUAUUUACAGUGCCUUGCGAAAGUAUUCGGCCCCCUUGAACUUUGCGACCUUUUGCCACAUUUCAGGCUUCAAACAUAAAGAUAUAAAACUGUAUUUUUUUGUGAAGAAUCAACAAGU